UCACGUGAUCGAAAAUAUGUCAUUGGUGCGCCUUUGAGUUUGUAUUUGAAGGGGAAUUAGGAACAAAAAUGGCUGCGGCUGUUUGUGAAGAUGUAGGGACAGAAAACGAGCCCGAAAUCCCUGGAGAAGUUAAAAUAGAAAAGGUGGAACAACCAAAGACAAGCGACCAAAACUUCAAUUGGAAAAAUCAAACGACAACUGCCGUUAUAGUGCAGUCGAAUGCAGCACCUACUACGCUAUGCGAGUCAACUGCGAACAACCAGAUAAACAAUGUAGUAGUUUCUGAUUGUGCAGACCUUGACACCAGUCUCAAAGUGACUAGUUUGCCGUUGAAAACACAGAUCAUGCCUGGACCUUAUUCCGAUGUGCAGCUACCCAAAAAAGAUGGACAUAUAAAGCGUCCAAUGAACUCGUUCAUGGUUUGGGCACAAUCUGCUCGUCGCAAACUCGCAGAACAGUAUCCACAUGUCCACAAUGCCGAACUUAGUAAAAUGUUGGGCAAGUUGUGGAGAAUGUUAUCUGCUUCAGAGAAACAGCCAUACGUAGACGAGGCUGCUAGGCUAGACAAAAGACACAAAGAGGACAACCCAGAUUACAAAUACAGGCCUCGACGUCGCCAGAAAUCGCUAAAGCGACCUUAUACUCAACCGCGAAUGGUCGCAGGAUGGCCGGCAGUACAGCAGGAAUCGUUUAAGAAUUCCCAAACGAUUGCUAUUAACGGGACUACUUCACCUAACAGCACUCUAGCAUCGUCUGUUAGCGCCCCACAACAAGUGAAUGUAGCCCAAGCAUUUCCACAAGGCCAAGCCGUGACCGUGAACGCGAAUAGUGGAGUGGCUUACACUACUCUCGGUGGUGUAGGGUUUAUGCCCGGUGGUAGUAUGAUCAUAAGACCAACCUUCGUUACAACUUCUGGUGGCAAUGCAGUGGCUCUUCCGCAAGGGGUGACCGUCCAAGCUGUGCGACCACCAAAUGUUACGGUCACAGUCGCAUCGUCCUUAGCUACCCCGACGUACGCCAUCCCCGUCAACCAACUGAGCACUGGUCAGAUCAUUGUUGCCGCUGCACCAGGAAUGAACAACAUUGUACCAUGCAGUAACGAGCAGAAUGGCGGGAUAACGGUGGAAAAGUCACCAGAGGGGCUGAUAGUUGUUGCGGCACCACAGCACAUCCAACCAGCUUCUACAGAAGGGUUUACUUCGACAAGUGAUGUGGCGCCGCGAUCGAGUACGCCGAGCUCACCGACUACAGUAAGCACGAACUAUCGACUAGAAAGCAACUCGGAAAACGAGGAUAGCCCGUCAGUUCGAAUCGACGAGCCAAGUAUUGUCGUCAAAGCUGAACAAGGAUGUCGAAUUUAACAAGCUUUUCGAUUAAAAAUGCUUUAUUUGUGGUAAGCAAAGACUUUUGGUAUGAAACAAAACUACAAUGUGUUUAUUUAUUUACUCUAUUUCUCGCUAGACACCGAGUGAAUUUCCAAAGUUUUGGAACUAAAAGAAAGGUACGCGCGCGCUUUCAAACGUUCUAGAAUCAUUGAUCGGUCGUCAAAUUCUUGUUGAUUGCAUAUAACACAAAACUUUGUUUCUUUGUCCGUAUGCCGAUUGUCUUUGGAAUGUAGGCUAUGGCGGAUGAUCUCUUUGUUCUGAGUCCUUUGUUCAUGACGGAUAAUACCUUUGUCUAAGCCGACGCCACUUUAUUUCUAACAUAGCGCAAGAUAAGACCUUUUUUUAUCUUCUCACACUAGUGAAAUUUGAUGGAAAAGAGAGCGAUACAUCGAUUCAAGUCAGGGUUCUCAAUGAUGUUUAAAAUUCAUGCUUAUUAUAUAAAACAAAGGGGAUGUAAAUUAUUCAUAAAAUUGUACUGUUUUAUGACAAGUCUCAACCUGCUAUGAAUUAUUUUGCAUACAAAUGUGCCCACACUUGUUCUUAAGAUUAAGUCCCUGUCGGCACAUUUUCUUGGCAAUCUCCUUAUUGUUUCCGAAGAACAAUGGAAAUGGAAAAUGCAUAAUGUGUUGUGGACAGAAAGUGAUUUUUAUUGCCAGUACUGUAAAUUUUUCACUUUCUAGUUUAUAGUUGGUUAGAUUUGUUUUUCAUUGUAUAGGGUAAGGUUAGUCACUUCAAGUUGAUACUCUCUUGACAAGAAUCUUGAAAAGAGCAUGCAAAGGGCCUGUUGAAAUUUGAAUUGAUAGAGAGAUUAAUUAUUAAACAGGUGGCAACACAGUCUAUCAAUGUUACCAUCAUUCACCUUAUUACCAGUCACGUUUCAAAAUUAUUCUCGCAUUCUUCAAAUUUUUGUCAAAAAGUCUCAAAUUUGAUUUUUGUAAAUUCUAGGGCUGCAUUCAAAUGAAUUAAGUCCUUGCAAGACUUGUGAUUCUAUAACAUUUGAAAGCACGCUGCGUAGACAAUCAGAUUCCAGCCUGUUAGCUAGCUAUUUUGCAUGCGAUAAGCUAUAAAAUUAUUUAUUCACCAAUCAACUAUGGCUUCUAAUCAUGAAACCAGCUUUUAAGACUUUGGAAAGUUUUAUCAAAAAUAGUUAUUAAAUAUGUGUAAAAUGCACACUUGUAGGAAUUGAAGCUAGAUUUGUGAAAGUCAGUUUUCCUUGAAAGGUUGAUUGUUUUUUGUCUAAGAUGCUGUGAUAAUGAGUGUUAUGUCUUCUGUUGUCACUAUAGCUUUUUAGACAAUGAGAACUUUGAAAGGUCAACUUGCUUGUACAAAUGUGGCCUUGUACUGACAAUUACCAGACAAAAUACAUUUUUUAUUGCCAUAUCUUGUAAUCAGCAUUGAAUUUCUGUAGUGUAUUUAUCAUUUUUUUAGUAUUUUAAUAGAAAGGAGGUUGGUAUGUGGGGAAUUUGGUCUUGUUACAAGCAUAGCGCAAUGUAACUGGAGAAAACCAAAAGAUGUUGUAUUCUAGGUAAAAUGGAUUGUUUUGAUAUAAAGUAAUAAUUGCUCGAUACUUAGUCUCCUCGCAGCCAUUCUUAGCGCACCAGGGAGCCCACCAAUACUACUCAAUACUAAGAGUUUAUGAGAGUGUGAAAUUGAAAACAUGACACUUAAUUGUAUUUCUUACAAGAGCAGUCAAAGUAAUGCUUUGAAAUGCCACAAUUUCUUAAGAAAAUUGAUUUCUUUGGUAUUGGAAAGGUUUUUAUCAAUUUGAAAAAAAGAACAUUGAUCAGUCUGCAUUGGUCAUUUUAACAUCGAAAUUCUUUAUUUGUACUUAAGAGUGAAAGCAAUAUAUCCUUGAAAUAUUUACAAAAAACUAAUUUUUACUAAAUUUGUAAAAACUAUGAUUAAUUUAGUGUGGUCACUGGACCAUGAAAGAGUAUUGUAAUGUAAGUGGUUGCUCGACUAAUUGCAAAUGCACAUUUUUAAAAUUUAGUAUAUUCACGCUUCGACUGUUUUUCACUAAUUAUACUAAAUUUCACUAUUUUAAUUUAGUAUUGCACGGAUAUAUUGUUUGAACUAUAACUUGUUAAGAGCUGUGAAAAUUAGUUUACAAACUGGUUUUAUUGGUGUAAUAGCCUACUUUUGACUUACUAGACGAGUGACAUUGUCCAAAACAAAUGUCAAUGAGAAAUUUCAUAUAAUUAUUAUAUUCCUAUCCUUUGAUUUCUCCUCGUAACUAAAUUCUUUAUCUCUCAAUAACAAUAGCAAAAUAAGACAAUAGUAAUAUUUAUUUACAUGUAUAUGCAGCCAAAACAAAAAGGGAUAAAACAGGUUUAAGACGAUGUUCAAACUAUUAAAAACCAGACUAGUUUUGUGAAAUAAUUGCUAGUUCAAACUGAAAGUAAUACUUAAAGACGUUUUCCAGACACAACGCUAGAAACUUGAACCAAAUCAGAGCAAUGCAUUUCAAGUGCAUUUUGCUGGUCAUUAAAAACCACCUCGUAACAUUAUUAUAACGCUGGACAAGUCUGCAUCAGGUGCGAUUGUAAUUUUAGUUUACAUUAAUAUAGGUUUAGUUUAAUUUCUUAUAAUUUUCAAUGGUUUUUGAUAUUUACUUUCUAUAUAUACAUAUAUACACAUAUUAUUAUAUCUGCCUGUAUAUUGAUAAAAACAAUGUGAAGUUGUAUUCAGAGAAAUGAUUAUAAUGUAAUUUUACGAUUUCGAGUGAAAUUUUUAGGUGUAAUUGUAGUUUUUAAGUGUGUGAUUUUCCAUCGUCUGUGUAGAUGGGUACAAUGAGAACAAUACUGAUUGUUGUCUUUUGUUCCACACCAAAUAAGCACAAUCUACAUUGUUUCAUUUCACAGAUGAAAGGAAAACACUAUUAUUUAGACCAUUAUGUUUGACUUCAGGAAUUCGUAUCUCUCAAUGUUAUGCUUUCAUUGGACAGACCAAAUUCACUAUAAUGUUUGUUUUCCUGCUUGACUAUAGAUUGAAAAUUAUUUUGCAAGAGUCUAACAAACUAAGUUUUCAAUGUGCCUCAAGAAUGUGCAACUUUGCGAAAGCAUAACAUGUAAGAACCACAGUUCCUUAUGAAUAAAUUGAUUAUCGUAUUGUAUAUUCCUUAAAACUAUAUCAUUAUAAUAAUUAAUAGAGUGCAAAGUAUAUGCCUGUGAAAUGGUCAUGAAUUGGAGUACAAACAAAACGUUUGCAACACUGUACUGAACAAUAGAACACCAAAGAAUUAUUUCAGUUUAAGCAGUAUUUAACAGAAUUUGUUGCAAGCUUUUAGUACUUGUAUUCUAGAUUGAGGUCAUUAAACCUGUGAAACAAAAUUUGACUAUUAAAGAGUGAUAGACACAAAAGAAAACAUGUAAUUAUGAGCAUACUAAUGUAUAUUAGUGUAAUUUCUAUUUCAUGUUUUUCUUUGACCUCACUCUACCAAAUAGUUGUAAAAAAAGAGAAAAUUUUACCCCAUAAAAAGUAUGGCCUAACAUCAAAAACGUAUGAAGCCAUACUUUUUACUCUGUAAAAUUAAUCAUAUUGCAGGGCAUACCGCUAGUUACAACAGAAAAUGGAAUAAUUUAGUACUAUUUUUCUAGCUGCCUAUUUCACAGACAUAUUCCUUGCAUUCUACCAUUUGUGAUACAACUAGUUACUAUGUAACUGAAAGAGUAAUCAGUGAUGAGGUUGACAAUAAUUAUUAAUACAAGAGUCAAACGACCAUCCAAGUCUUUUCAUAUAUUUAAUCUUUAACUCAUGCACGUCAUGUAGUUUGAUGUGCAUUAAGACGUAAGUUGGAAAGAACAAAGACUUUUAGUGUGAUGCUUGGGUGCUUGUGUUCUGGUUGGAAAUGUAGUGUAGGUAUUUUGUAUGGUUCACAGUGAAGUGAAAAUAUAAAAAAAAGCUUUAUCAAACUUU